AUGCAAGCCGAAGUGCCGACGGGCAAACGCCACUGGUCGCAUCAAUCACCGGACGCUGCCGCCAUCGCGUCGCUCGGCGACAGCAGCCCCGUCGCCAUGAAGGACACUGCGCUAGAUGCGGCGGAGACUGCAACGCACGUCCCCGACACAAGCGACGAACCGGACAGGGCUGGAUGCCGCGCGUCGCAGGCGGUUUCCGGGUCGCCGCAGCCGUCGCCGGUCGCCGCGCGUGCCGACGCCGGGGACGCGACCGGAGGUCGCCGCGACGUCGCCCGGCCCGGUUACGAGACGCCGCCCCCGUCCCCAGAGGAGGGCGGGAGGACGCCGGUCGCGGCCCCUGCCGCCGCGCCUUUGGAAGGGGCUCCGUACGACGAUGAAAUACCGCCGCCCCUGCCGAUCUCGGACGCGCCUACCGACGUCGUCGUAGUGAGCGAGAACCAACACCUGCUACAGGCAACGACAGCCCAAAAUUCCCACCAGCCCGCAAAUCUCGACGACGACGAGCAGCCGGGUGACGCGCCCGCCCCGACCUCUGCAAGCACGAGCCAACGACAGUCACCAUCUCCAGCGGGAUGCGACAACGAGGCGUUCACACACGACGGCCACGAAAGCUUGCUGCGUAUUGCAUUCUUCGAACGUGGUUUUACCAACCCUGGUUUCGAGGUAGACGAAGUGGAGACUCCAGUGGAAGCCGUGCCAUAUGCAUCUGCAAGUCCGUCCGCGGCCAGCGCCACCUGUUCAAACCCCGAACCAUCAGUUGAGAACACGCUCCCAGGUGCCGUUCCGGAGGAGGACACCGUCAGCGAGUGUCCACCUCAGCGCGCUGUGUACGAGGCCGCGGCCUCUGCCGCCGCCGCCUCCGCCGCCCCCACCGCCGCCCCCGCACCGCUCGACCCGGCCGCCCGCGCAAUCAAGGAGCAGGGGCUGGGGCGCGGUGAGAAGUGGCGCAUCCUGCGCAACGUGGUGCUCAUCUCGGCCGCUUUCAUGCUGGCCUUCACCGCCUUCUUCGGCGCCGCCAACCUGCAGAGCUCCGUCAACGCCGACCAGGGCCUCGGCACCGUCUCACUCACCGCCGCCUACGCCGCGCUCAUCGUCUCCAACCUCUUCCUCCCGUCCAUCGUCAUC